GUUAUCAUUUAAUCAGUAAUUUCGUAUUUGGGUACGUUGUAACUUGUAAGUUAUAACUUAGUACUUACAAUUACAAACAUUCGUCGUGUCCAAGUACCACACUUCCACUGCAACUCUUUCCAAGCGCAAUCUGGUAUAGCCGAAUAGAUAAUAGGUCAUCAGUGCUCAUAACUUUGUAUUAAAAUCAUGGAAAACACCAAAAAAGCUCUGUCAUCAAUACCGCUCCUGAAGACAAAAGCCGGUCCCCGGGACGUAGAUUUGUGGCCACAAAGACUCAAAGAAGAAUACCAAUCACUAAUUCAAUAUGUUCAAAACAAUAAAGCAGCUGAUAAUGAUUGGUUUCGUCUAGAAUCAAAUAAAGAGGGAACUAAAUGGUUUGGAAAAUGUUGGGUGUUUCAGAAUCAGUUAAAAUAUGAGUUUGACAUAGAAUUUGAUAUUCCCGUUACAUUCCCAUCUACAGCACCUGAAAUUGCAUUACCUGAACUUGAUGGUAAAACUGCCAAAAUGUAUCGAGGUGGCAAAAUAUGUUUAUCUGACCAUUUCAAACCUCUGUGGGCUAGAAAUGUACCUAAAUUUGGUAUCUCCCACGCUUUAGCACUUGGUUUGGGCCCAUGGUUGGCUGUUGAAAUUCCAGACUUAAUUGCAAAAGGAGUAAUUAAAUAUAAAGAAAAAGAAGAGGAUAAUUAAUUAAAUUUCAAUUAAGAAAAAGUGAUUUUGGAAUAUUUUUAGUUAGGUUAAUAAUACUUUUUUUAUUUUAUAAUAUUA